AAACAGGGUUCAGAACUCAUGACAGAGGAACAGCUCUUUCCUUUCUAGGAAAAGGACGUCUGCGGAAAAAUGCAUUUUGAUCAACUUUUUAAGGCUUUUCAUGAAAUUACAGCGCCGUUCUGAGGGCAAAGAAGUAAAGUGUAUCUGUGAAAUUUCCUCACGUCUGAGUGAGCUCUGGAACUUUGAGCAUGCCGGUUUCGGAAAAGAAGCCAUCAAGGGACCAAGGGGAUCAAAGUCUCCCUAAAUUGCCUGUUCCAGCUUUACAGCAAACUUUAGAUAUGUAUUUAAAUUGCAUGAGGCAUCUGAUACCUGAAGAGCAGUUCCGAAAAACCAAGACGAUCACUGAGAAGUUUGGAGCACCUGGUGGGCUGGGAGAAAGACUUCAGAGAAAACUACUACAAAGAAGAGAGUUUAAAGCUAACUGGGUAUAUGACUAUUGGGUUGAAGAUAUGUAUUUGAAUAAUAGAUUAGCACUACCUGUUAACUCCAGCCCUGCUAUGGUCUUCCCAAAGCAGAACUUCAGGACUCCAAGUGAUAUGCUCAGAUUUGCAGCUCAUCUAAUUUCAGGUGUAUUAGAAUACAAGUGUCUGAUUGAUGGACAUGCCCUACCAGUGGAUUUUGCCCGUGGCCAAUUAGCUGGCACCCCACUGUGUAUGGAGCAAUACUACAGGCUCUUCACCUCCUACCGCCUACCCGGGCCACAGACAGACACCCUGGUAGAUCAGAAGAACUGUGUAAUGCCAGAACCAGAGCAUAUCAUAGUGGCCUGUAAAAAUCAGUUUUUUGUUCUUGAUGUGGUCAUCAACUUCCGGCGGCUCAGUGAGAAAGAUCUGUUCACUCAACUGCAGAAGAUAAUGAAAAUGGCUGAGAGUGGGGAGGAAAACUUCCCUCCUAUUGGAAUACUCACCUCAGAUGGAAGGACUGAGUGGGCAGAAGCUCGUAGUGCUCUCAUUAAAGAUUCUACCAAUAGGGACUCUCUGGAUAUGAUCGAGCGCUGCCUGUGCUUGGUGUGCUUGGAUGAACCAUGUGGCAUGGAUCUGAGUGACACAAACCGAGCCAUGAUGAUGCUCCAUGGAGGAGGGAAGGAAAGAAAUGGAGGAAAUCGCUGGUAUGACAAACCCUUGCAGUUUAUAGUAGGUGCAGAUGGCUGCUGUGGUGUUGUUUGUGAACAUUCACCCUUUGAGGGAAUCGUGCUGGUCCAGUGCACAGAAUAUUUACUAAAGUACAUGAGAGGCAGUCCUUCAAAGUUGGUGCGAGCAGCUAGUGUGAGUGAGUUGCCAUCUCCAAGGCACCUGCACUGGAAAUGUUCACCAGAAAUCCAAAAAUCCCUCAUUUCUUCAGCAGAGAAAUUACAAAGGCUUGUCAAAAAUCUAGACAUGAAUGUCCACGAUUUCAGCAGUUAUGGUAAAGAGUUCAUCAAGAAACACAAAAUGAGUCCUGACGCUUACAUACAAGUGGCCCUGCAGUUUGCAUUUUACAGAUGUCAUGGAAGACCUGUACCAACCUACGAGAGUGCAUCCAUCCGCCGCUUCCAGCAGGGUAGAGUGGACAACAUACGCUCUUCUACUGCUGAGUCGUUGGACUUUGUGAAAGCCAUGACUGAAAAAAAGUCUAAUCUGACGGAUGUUGAGAAGAUGGAGAAGUUACAUCAUGCUCUUAAGGCUCAAACCAAUUAUACAAUAUUGGCUAUUACAGGGAUGGCAAUAGACAAUCACUUACUUGGACUGCGAGAAAUCUCUAAGGAGCUCAACCUAGAGAAACCAGAGAUUUUCACAGAUGAGACCUACAUUGUCAGCAACCAAUUCAUCCUCUCAACAAGUCAGGUUCCUACGACUGUGGAGAUGUUUUGCUGCUAUGGUCCCGUGGUCCUUAAUGGCUAUGGAGCUUGCUACAAUCCCCAGUCAGACCACAUAAUUUUUUGUGUAUCCAGUUUCCAUGACAGCCCCGAGACCUCUUCAGACAUGUUUGUGAAAGCUUUGGUGGAGUGCCUGGGGGAGAUGCAGGAUCUGUGUAACACUCAAGCCAAGCAGAGUAACGCAAGAGAGAGGGCUGAAGAGGCCAGUGAAGCUGUGAGGGAUAAAGGAAAGACAUAGUACACACUUUUAGACAUGGGUUCUUUAAGAAUUCUUUGAGGGUUCAUUUGAUAAUUAAGGGUUCUUUUUUCUUAUGAAAAGGCUUUCUGACAGAAAAACACUCUGUUGUUGGUGUUCCAUGUAAGACCAUUAAAGGUUGCCACUGAUUGAAGAACCCAUAAGAGUGUACCUGAGAAUUAAAUGCCCUUUGAAUAGAGUAAAUUAGCUAUUGUAUACAAAAGUCCAAUGUCUAAUAUACUACAUAAUACAGUUUAUGAUAUUGUGGUGCCAAAAACAAGCUAUGAGAUUUAUCAGAUUGUUAUAAAAGUGCUUGUUAGACAUCAUGAGGUCAAUCCUGAUGUUGCCAAGAUGCUGUUUGGUAAUUCUCUCUCUGCCCCUUGUCAGUCAGUGGUACUAUAGCCAGUGGUAAUAGCCAGUGGUAUCUGUCUGUGAGCUCAGUGUCUGUGGAAGAGGGUAGAUAGCACUUUUCUCCAAGCUUUACUGUGAUGUAGAAAAACCUGCAGAUUGAAAGGAUGUCUGCAUGUAUUUCAGACAAAGAAAAUGCAAGAUUACAAUUUAAACAUUUUGGUUUAUUACAUUUUUUGGGUACAUGAAACAGAGAACAUUUGUUUGUUGUGUAAAAACAAGCUACACUAUAUGAACAAAGGUUUGUGGACAACUGAGCAUCCCACACGUACUUUUUUAACAUCCCAUUCCAGAUUUAGUUUACCCCUUGCUGUUGUAAUAACCUUCAUCUUCUGGGAAGUCUUUCCACUAGAUUUUGGAGUGUGUCUGUAGGGAUUUGUCCACUCAGCCACAAGAGCAUUAGUGAGGUUAGGCACUGAUGUAGUGUGUGGGGGCCAAGGGAACAUUCCAAUUCAUCCCAAAGGUUUUUAGUAGGGUUGAGAUCAGGUCUCUGUGCAGGACACUCAGUUUCUUUCAUUCUAAUCUUGGCAAACCAUGUCUUCAUGGCGCUAGCUUUGAGUAAAGAGGCAUUGUCAUGCUAGAACUGGUUUGGACCUCUUAGUUCCAGUGGAGGGAAUUGUAAUGCUACAGCACACAAAAAUAUUCUAAACAUCUAGGUGUCUCCAGCUCUGUGGCAACAGGUUGAGAAAAUCUGGGUGUGAAUGUCAGGCAUCCAAAUAUAUUUUGGUUAUAGUGUAUGUGCUGUAUGUGUUGUUAAAAAGUCAUAGGUUAAUCUAAGAGUGCACCAUUAGUAUGACUCUAUCUAUAUCAAAAUGCCAUAAGUAAAGGUUUCAGAUAUUCUUGCAACUGUGCCAUACUUGUAAACCAUCACCUAUAAAUAUGUACAGCACAUGUAGUGAUCUGAUGAAGUACACUCAUUCUUUAAAAAAUAAAAGAAAAUAUAUAAGGAUUGAAUUAAUAAUUAAUUAAUUAUUAGAUUUAUUAAAAUAAUCAAUAGAAUUAAUAGAAUUGCAUUAUAAACUUGUUACAGUUAUUGAUGGGAGAAAAGUAUUAAGAUAUAAGGUUUCCAUAACUUCUAAAUAUUUAUGUAGAUGUCAAUUAAAGUGUGCUGUUUGUGUGGUGUUAUUGAAUUUGUUGUAACAGUAACCUGAAAUCUUGAAAAAUUUGAA